UAUACGGUGCAUUGCAUGCUGGGAUAGCUCAUUGAUCAACAUGGAUUCUUUGAUGGAAUCAUAUGAGCAGCAGUUUGGAAGUUUAACAGCAGAUAUAACCUCAAAGAUUGGGAAAAUCCCAAAUGUUUCUGGUAAAGAAAAGGUGACAAUUAUUGAAAAUGUGGAAAAGCUCAUGGAUGAAACCAGAGAAUUGCUAGAACAGAUGGAUUUGGAAGUUCGUAGCUUGCCUGUAACAGAAAGGCAAAAGUACCAAAUUCGACUGAAGAGCUAUAAAUCAGAAUUAACCCAGCUUGAAAAAAACUUGAAAAAAUCGAAAAUAGCAUUUAGUGAUCAUGUCCAUGCUAGAGAAGAACUUCUUGGGGAUGAAACACAGAAUUCAGAAGACCAGAGAACUAGGUUGCUUGAUAAUACAGAAAGGUUAGAGAGGUCCAGUAAAAGAUUAGAACAUGGUUAUCAAACAGUUUUAGAGACAGAACAGAUAGGUGCUGCUGUGUUAGAUGAUCUUCAUUCUCAACGACAAACCAUACAAAGAUCAAGAGAAAGAUUACGUGAAACUGAUGCUGCUCUAGGAAAAAGCUCAAGGAUAUUAUCAGGGAUGAUGAGAAGAAUUAUUCAAAACAGAGCAGUCCUAGUGGUUGUUGGAAUUAUUAUAUUGAUUGUUAUUAUAGUAGGAAUAUACUUUGCUGCCAAGAAGUGACAGUAUUAAAUUGACAUAAAGAAAUGUGCUGUUAAUCAUAUUAGUGUUGCAUAGAAAAAUGAAAGGGACCCUUAUAUGAAACAUUGCAGAUAUCAUGAUCUAUGAAAUUCUUCUGAAUUCAAUUAUCUAUAUAGGACAGUGUGCUUUCACUCAUGUUGUUCAUGACAUAAAUUGGAAAUGAGGGCUGUACAUGACAUGACAUCAAUUGGAAUAAAGGGGAAAUGUGUUAGGGGUUUACAAUUUUACUUGAAAACGGUUCAAGAGAUCGUUUGCAAUUUAUAGGCAUAUCCAGGUAUUUAAAUUUAUCCAUGAAUAUGUGCAAGGAUAUACACUAGAAAAGUACAAGCUCAUUUCCUAAGAUUACAAGGCAGUGACAAACGGAGGAAGGCAGAUUAAUGAGCAGGAUAUGUUGUAUCAAGGAUGGUCUGUAGGUCCUAUAAACCAUCCUACUGUUUCUUCUAUUUCAUAAGAAAAUUUUCUUGAAAAAAGUGCAAAUGUUCCUGCGAAUAUAUUCUUGAAAAAGUGCAAAAAGGUAUAGAAGUUAUCAAGGAUAGAAAAUUUAAAAUUUAAUUACAAACAAAUAAAUGCAAAAGCAACUACUUUUAGGGCAUUUCAGGUAUUGUGAAAUUAAAUGUUGUGCAAUUUUAGUGUUGCAAGUUUAAAUUAUUCUUCAAGUUCCAAGAAGAAUCUCACUUUGUGGAGUUAAAAUGAAAAAGUUAUUAUUUGCUAACUAGAUCAAGAAAUUUAUUUCAAUAAUUUUAAUGUAAACAUUAUUAUACAAGUACAGUAGAAUGUAUGAAAUGUGAUGUUGAAAAUAUAUACUUCUAAUAUUUGAAAAGUGCAACGAACAAAAUGUUUUUUCACUUUAAACUUCCUGUUGAAAUAGAUACAACAAAGAAAUGAUUUGCAAACAAUGAAAAGAAAAAUGCUGGUACAUGUAUAUGAUUGACUCCAAUUUUUACAUUGUAUGAUGUUGGUGCCAUCAGUGUUCUACCAGUACACACUUUGUUCAUUAGCUUAGUUUUUUUUAUUUAAAUAUUUCAACACUAUUAAGGGUUAAGUAUGGUGGCAGGCCCACAUACAUGUAUAAAAGUGCACUGGUGUAUAUGUAUGUCUUCUAACAUUAUAUGGAUGUUUUAAACUGAUUUAUACAUCCAUUCCCAUGGUGUUUAGGGUGUCUGUUAAGUUUUUAUGGUUAUUGUCAUAGGAUCAUAAGAGAAGUGAAAUAAAUGUUUCAUUUUUUGUA